AUGAAACAACGAAAUUUUGAAUUUUUGUGCGCCGCAAUGUUGGGAUUCGGUCAAUUAUGCGUUUGGGUCGGUUACGAUUCAGAAUCGUUCAUUUUGGAAUCUGUUAUUUAUUCACUACAUGAGAAAAAUUCAGAUAUUGAUGAGCACGCAGGAUAUUAUGGACAAGCCGUAAUAUUUGCUGCCUUCAUGUUCACAUGUAUAUUUGCUCCAUCAAUUCUAAACAUUACAACUCCAAAAGCUCUUCUAGUAUUCUCUGCAAUUUCCUAUACAAUGUUUCCGAUGGGAUUCCUAUUUUUUAAUAUCUAUUUUUAUUAUUUCACAGCAGUUUUACUUGGUAUUGGAAUCGCAUUACUUUUCAUGGGAAUGGGUGCAUAUUUAUCCCAACACUCGACUAGAGAGACCAUUGAAUCGAAUGUAUCCAUUUCUUGGGCAAUUGCGUGUUGUUGCCUAAUGGUCAGUGCGUGCAUCUUCACUGGCUACACCACCUUCAGUCCACACCCGAAACAAGACGACUUGAGUCAGAAAAGAUAUAGUGAGAGGGAAAUAAGAAUCCUAUUUGGGAUAUAUACAGGAAUUUCUUCUAUAGCAAUUGUACUUUUUGGGGUAAUGCCAUCAAAAAAUGUGGAAAAUUCGCUGGCAGAAUCGGAGAAGAAAAUGGGAUUUAUGGAUUCUUUAAAACUAACAUGUUCUACAAUCAAAUCUCCAAAAUUGUUCCCACUUUUGCCAUUAACUAUCCUUGGCGGAUUUAAUGUCUCAUUUUGGUUAUCGAUUUUUCCAACGGCUAUGAAUUUCACAAAGGCUAAUUCGAAUUUGAUUUAUAUCCAGGCGGUUUUUGGACUUGGUGCAGGUCUAGGAGAAGUUUUUACUGGAUCUUUUGUGUCAGCAAUGUCUAAAAGAGUCAAAGGAUUCGGACUAAAACCAACUAUGUUAAUUGGCACAAUUAGUGUGAUUAUCUAUUGCUCAUUGGUUUUUAUUUCAACACCGUUUGAAGCGCCCAUGAGGCCAACCAGUGAGAAAUCGAUUUGGAUUGGGCAGAGGUGGGACGGAAAAUUGAAGAAUUAA